AUGAAGUCACUCCAAUUCGCUCGUCGCAGGGCACUGCAAGGCCUCGUUGCGCCCCGUGCCUUUCAAAAUCCCGCAACAACCCAAUUAUUCAAGAGAUGCUUCAGUGCCACGCCAGCUGCCGCCUCCCAACUAGCUGGCCUUGAUCCGGCGAAACUUACAGUUUCAAAGACGAAUACCCCCAAAGAAUUGACUGCCCCGCAAGACCUGGUCUUUGGCAAGACAUUUACCGAUCAUAUGCUCUCUAUCGAAUGGACUGCAGCUGAGGGCUGGCAAACUCCCCGUAUUGUCCCUUAUCAGAACCUCAGUCUCGACCCGUCGGCUUGUGUUUUUCACUAUGCGUUUGAGUGUUUUGAGGGAAUGAAGGCCUACAAAGAUAAAGAUGAUCAGAUCCGCUUAUUCCGUCCGAACAAGAACAUGGCACGCCUGAACAAAUCUUCGUCGCGCAUCGCUCUGCCCUCCUUUGACGGCGAUGCUCUCACCAAGCUGAUUGGAGAAUUUGUGAAGUUGGAUAGCAGAUUCAUUCCAAGUGAACGGGGUUACUCACUGUACCUACGGCCAACGAUGAUUGGCACUCAAAAGACUCUUGGUGUGGGACCACCGGGAUCUGCUCUUCUGUUCGUGAUCGCAAGUCCCGUUGGUCCUUAUUACCCCACCGGCUUCAAGGCAAUUUCCUUGGAGGCUACCGACUAUGCCGUUCGAGCUUGGCCCGGUGGUGUUGGAGACAAGAAAUUGGGCGCUAACUACGCUCCUUGCGUCCUUCCUCAGCUGGAGGCUGCGUCCCGUGGCUUCCAGCAGAAUUUAUGGCUUUUUGGAGAAGAAGAAUACAUCACUGAGGUUGGCACCAUGAAUCUUUUCGUUGCAUUGAAGAACAAGGAGACCGGGCAGAAGGAAUUGGUCACUGCGCCUCUGGACGGCACUAUUCUCGAGGGCGUUACCAGAGACUCCGUGCUGGCGCUGGCUAGGGAAAGGCUAGUGCCUAAGGGCUGGACAAUCUCUGAGCGCAAGCUCAAGAUGUCCGAAGUCGCCGAAGCAGCUGAGGAGGGAAGAAUGCUUGAGGUAUUCGGUGCCGGCACUGCAGCUAUCGUGAGCCCUGUGCGGACAAUCAGCUACCGGGGUAAGUCGGUUGACUGCGGUCUGAAGGAGAAUGAGGAAGCUGGUGAAAUUGCUCUACAAAUGAAGAACUGGAUUGAAGGAAUUCAGUACGGUGAUGAGAGCCACCCUUGGAGGUAA